ACGAUGUAAACAUUUGACGUUUGAUAAACCUUUGCGUGAAGUUUUUCAAUAUUUUUCUCCUAAUUGAAGAAUGUUAUCAAAAUAGAUAACGAUUAUGCGGCAAAUUAUUUAUCUCUCAUGCAGGCUGUUGUGUUAAUUAGUGCUUGAUUUUAAAUCUGUCAUUACUUUAAGUAACCAUGCUGCAGUCGUAGUGGAACGCGUUGUGUAUUUUUUUUUAAUAAAAAUUAUUUAUAAUGUUAUGAAUGUUAUGUAACGGGAAUUUAGUGAUAUAUAUUCGGUGAUAUUGAAUAAGGAAGAUGAGGACGGUGGCGUUAAUAAGCGGCGGGAAGGAUAGUUGUUACAACAUGCUCCAAUGCGUCGGUGCCGGGCAUACAAUCGUAGCACUGGCCAACCUCCAACCACAAAAUAAAGAUGAGUUAGACAGUUACAUGUAUCAAACUGUUGGCCAUCAAGGAAUUGAUCUGUACGCUGAAGCGAUGGGAUUGCCAUUAUAUCGGGAAGUUAUUUCUGGUGUGGCUGUAGACCAAGGCAGGUAUUACAAUCCUACAGAGAAUGAUGAAGUCGAAGAUCUCUACCGACUCCUUAAAAGAGUUAUGGAUGAUUUAGAUAUAGAGGCAGUCUCUUGUGGAGCUAUUUUAUCUGACUACCAAAGAGUGAGAGUUGAAAAUGUAUGUCAAAGGCUUGGUUUAGUGUCUCUCGCGUAUUUAUGGCGGAGGAACCAGAAGGAACUUCUACAGGAAAUGAUAGCUAGUGGCGUAGAGGCUAUUAUCAUUAAGGUGGCAGCGUUAGGUUUGGAUCCUAAGGUACAUCUUGGUAUGACCUUGAGCGAUAUUCAGCCACAUCUUCUAGUCAUGCAGGAGAAGUAUGGUCUGAAUGUGUGUGGUGAGGGUGGGGAAUAUGAAACCUUUACGUUGGACUGCCCGUUGUUCAGGAAACGAUUGGUUAUAGAUGAAAAAGAGUUAGUAAUACAUUCAGAGGAUCCCGUUGCGUCCGUUGGUUAUUUAAAUUUGAAGUUACAUCUAGAGACUAAAGAGAAUUCCGGCGAACCGUACCAACUACCUCCAACUAUUAAAAACUCAUUAGAUUUUGUAAACGAUUUAAAUGAUACGGUAUUUAGUGAUAUAAGUGAUAUAGAACUCAGCGAAUCGGAGUUAGAAUCUAUUGAGAAAAUGGAGAAAGGGGGAGAAGAAGAAUUAAAUCAGUUGCUCAGUUAUUCAAGAGAAGGGAAAGAUAUAUCUGCGACUCUAGAUGCGGCAGAUGACUCUCAGAUAGAUAGUAUGGAGAGUAUAGAAGUUGGAUAUAAUUAUGACUAUUUAUGUGAUGAGAGUUUGACACAUCCAGUUAUAGACCAUAGAAGUAUUUAUGGUAACAAUCACGGAUGGUAUUUUAUCGGUGGCAUAGUCGGCGAGGGUCAUGAUACGGCGCUCGCUACGGAGGACGCGAUGAAGAAACUCAUUAAAUUACUGGAGUCUGAAGAUCUGCAGUUGUCCGCGGUGAGUUCAGUGAACAUCUACAUGCGGGACAUGGCGGAGUACGCGGCGCUGAACGCGGUGUACGUGGCCACGUUCCGGCUGCCCAACCCGCCCACACGCGUCUGCAUACAGUGCCCGUUGCCUGACGAUGUAGGACUUAUAAUGGAUGCGGUAGCGCAUAAGGAGGACGUGAACCGGAGCCCGGAGGCGGAGGGCGCGUGCAAGGAGCGCGUCACCAUGCACGUGCAGGGCAUCUCGCACUGGGCGCCCGCUAACAUCGGCCCCUACAGCCAGGCUGUUAAGGUGGGCGAGGUGGUGAGCACCAGCGGGCAGAUCGCGCUGGUGCCGGGCUCCAUGCGGCUGGCGGGCAGCGGCGCGCGCGGCCAGUGCGCGCUCGCGCUGCGUCACAUCGCGCGCGUGCUGCGCGCCGCGCACCCCCGCGCGCACAUACGCAGCGUCGUGCAGAGCGUGUGCUACGUGACGCAGAUGUCGGCGGCGCGCGAGGCGCGGCGGCAGCUGGAGCGGCGCACGGCGGGCGCCAUCGUGCAGUGCGCCGUGGUGCCCGCGCUGCCCCGCGGCGCCGCCGUCGAGUGGCACGCCUGGGCGCACACCGACAACAACCGCUUCGACUACGAGGAGACAGGCUGCAACGUGGGCGAGUACAAGGUGGCGAUAACGCGCCGCUGGAACUACGAGAACACGGUCGCCGCCUGCGUCUGCUAUGUCGCUACUAGCUCGUCUCCGUCGACGUGUGCGGCGUCGUUCCCGAGCGCGGCGGCGUGCGCGGCGCACCGCUCGCUGGCCGCGCGCAUGUCGGCGGCGCAGCUGGCCGACGUGCUGGAGUACGCGCUGCGCAAGCUCCUCAACGACUGCCACCCCCGCCAGCCGCAGCCGCUGCCCCUCCUCAAGCUCACCGUGCUCUACCAGGUGUGGAGCGCGCCGGCGCCGAGCGCGGUGGUGCGCGGCGCGCGGGCGGCGGCGGCGCGCGCGGGCGCCCGCGUGGCGCUGACGGUGGCGCCGGUGGCGGCGCUGCACAACGCCUUCACCUUCCUCUCCAUCAGCGGACUGCGCAUCGACGAGUGACGUACCCCAAAAGAUGUAACAACGCUUUACGCCAGUUUUUAAAGUAUAUGUGCUGAAUAUUUUCAGUGUUUAUGAAAUUUUGUUAAUUAUGCUACCAAGUUUACCGUAUUUAAGUCAAAUUAUAUAAAUUAUUUUUAUUGCA